AUGAAGUGGAUGAACGCUGAGGAGGUGAUCCGCAGGGCCGAGACGCCUCUCUUCUGGGUCGGCGCGCUCACCGUGGCCUCUCUGGCGCUGUGGCUGCUCUACAGGCUGCUCUCAGGCUUCAGGAUCUGGGUCUUGGGGAAUGGGCAGCUGCUCUCUCCGAAGCUGGGCAAAUGGGCAGUUGUGACAGGAGCUACAGAUGGAAUCGGGAAAUCCUACGCCGAGGAGUUGGCCCGGAGGGGAUUUGCGAUGAUGCUGAUCAGCCGCUCCCAGGAGAAGCUGGACGAUGUGGCCCGGUCCCUCGAGGAGCAGCAUAAAGUGGAGACCAGGACCAUUGCUGUCGACUUCGGCAAGACGGACAUCUACCCGAAAAUCGAAGCAGGGCUGUCUGGUCUGGAAAUCGGUGUCCUGGUGAACAAUGUCGGCGUGUCGUAUCCCUACCCUGAGUAUUACCUGCACAUUCCUGAUCUGGACAACUUCAUCACAAACACCAUCAACGUCAACAUGACCUCAGUGUGCCAGAUGACGCGCCUUGUGCUGCCCAGAAUGGUUGAGAGGUCCAAAGGGGUCAUCCUCAACAUCUCCUCGGCCAGCGGCAUGUACCCCGUCCCUCUGCUCACGGUCUACUCUGCAACCAAGGCCUUUGUGGAUUUCUUCUCCCGAGGCCUUCAGGAGGAGUACAGGCGCCAGGGCAUCAUCAUCCAGAGUGUGCUGCCCUUCUUUGUGGCCACCAAAAUGACUCGCAUCAGGAAGCCCACCCUGGAUAAGCCCACCCCUGAGCGCUAUGUGGCCGCUGAGCUCACCACUGUGGGUCUGCAGAGCCAGACCAACGGCUACUUUCCCCAUGCCGUCAUGGGUUGGGUGACCACCAGGCUGGUGCCGAGCAGCAUCGUCAUCUUCCUCGGAGCUCAGAUGAACCGUCGGCAGCGUACGGGAUACCUCCAGAGGAGGAAGCUGCGGGAGCAGAAGAACGGCGUGAGCUUCAAGAACGAGUAGGGAAACCGGCGUCUGCGCAGGCGGCCUCACAAGAAAGGAAGAGGGAGCGAGACGCGCGAUCCUCCGGGGCUGCCUGCCGUUUCACCCGCGUGCCUGCAGUCAGCACGCACAUCGGAGCAUGUGUGGCAACUUUCAGUUAAAAACUGCGAGCUGAUGUUAUUUGUCGAUGGAGAAAUAAUGUCCAAGAAGUCGGCAGGUGAAACAAAAAAAUCUGCUCUGAGAGAAGGACAAUCUUUGUUUUUGUUUUUGUUUUUUGUCAGUGAGAGAGUGGAAAUAUUACAACCAAAAAGUAGAGUGAUUUGUUAACCCUGCUGUUGUAAGCAGUGGAGAAUGGUGGUGGGCGUCUUUUUAUAUAUUUGUAUGUAUAAUUAUUUAUUUUUAUUUGUAUGAACACAUGAGCCAAACCCAGACUGGCUUUCGACCCUGUACUGUUUACAAAUCACUGCGAUUUUUAAAGAUGGCACCAUCUGCUUUCUUUCAUGCCAGUUUUCUUGCAUCACUGAGCUGAUUAUGCAUCACUUCCUCUUCUCCAAAUAAUAUUGUUUGUAUAAAUAACAUUUUGUGGUGGGUUCUUUAUGCACCAAAGAAAAACUUUUUCAAAGCCAAAGUUUGUCAUAGCUUUAAAGUGCCUUUCAAUUUAAAGUGCCUUUUAAUGCUAGGAGCGAUCAGGUUCAUUGAUGAGGUACUCGGUGGGUUUUUUUUGUAUUAUUAAAGAAUGUAAUAAUUGGGUGCUGUGUCAGUUUGAACUGUUCAUUUGCUGUGUUUUCAGCCUCCUAGUGCAAAUUGUUUGGAGAGGCACCCGACUGUCUCGGUUUAUCGUGUAGCAAAUGUUCCUCAUUUUGAAAGAUUUUAAAUUCACUCUUUGAUACGGACUAGUUCAGACCACCAGACGCUUGCAAGGAUUUGCUCUUGUUCCUAACUUUGUACCCCAGAUGACAUGGACUGAUCUGUGUCUGAACCAAGCAUCUUUAUGAGUGUUUUUCCUUUCUAGAUUAUUUUAUGUGCUUGAAAAAUUGAAUUUCUUCAUGUAAAAUUUGCAACAGCAUCCAUCAUGCUGAUGACAAAUUGUUUUCUACUGUUUGUUAAUAAAAGCUUUGGUCAAAAACUGUA